CCGGUAGGGACGCGGACCCACACAGCCUGACGCUCGGACGGAGGGACGCCGGAGCCCGCCCGACCAUGUGGAAGCUGGGCCGGGGCCGGGUGCUGCUGGACGAGCCCCCCGAGGAGGAGGACGGCCUGCGUGGGGGGCCGCCACCGGCCGCUGCCGCCGCCCAGGCGCAGGUUCAGGGAGCAAGUUUCCGAGGUUGGAAAGAAGUGACUUCACUGUUUAAUAAAGAUGAUGAGCAGCAUCUCCUGGAAAGAUGUAAAUCUCCCAAGUCCAAAGGAACUAACUUACGAUUAAAAGAAGAGUUGAAGGCAGAGAAGAAAUCUGGAUUUUGGGACAAUUUGGUUUUAAAACAGAAUAUACAGUUUAAAAAACCAGAUGAAAUUGAAGGUUGGGAGCCUCCAAAACUUGCUCUUGAAGACAUAUCGGCUGACCCUGAGGACACCAUGGGUGGCCACCCAUCCUGGUCAGGCUGGGAGGAUGACGCCAAGGGCUCGACCAAGUAUACCAGCCUGGCCAGCUCUGCAAACAGCUCCAGGUGGAGCCUGCGCUCGGCAGGGAGGCUGGUGAGCAUCCGACGGCAGAGUAAAGGCCACCUGACGGACAGCCCGGAGGAGGUGGAGUGAGGGGGCUGCGUGGCAAGUGUGCCCCGGCGUGGUGGCCUUUUAUUAGUAUACCAUGUAGUUGUUGAGUCUUUUCUGUUAGAAGGAAUAGAGUCUACUUUUUGCCUAUAUUUCAUAUUUGGACCUCUGUUUCAUUGUUUAAUGAACUCUCACACACACUGUGACUCCUUGGUGAACACAUGCAGGGAUUGUACAUUUGAUUGCCUUAUUGCAGAAAUACCCAUCAGUCCAUGUUUUGCAGAAACUGGAGAUGUGAAUUUUUGAUGCUGUCCCAUAAUACAGCAGUAAUGAUUUGCAGUUUGCCACAAAUCAUCUUCAUGCUGCUCUCUGUCCUCGUUCUGUUUCAGGACUUCUAUCCCUUUUUCUUGUGUGUAGCACAUACAAAUGCAGCAGUCAUGCAGUUCUUUUCUUUUGCCAGAAAAUUACAGUCAGGAGGUAAGAUGAAUCUUCCAAAGUUAGGUUAAAUUUUGUUUAACUUGACAAAUUAAACUUUGUUCUUAUUAAACAAAUAUUUAAACAAAUACUGGAAAAGCAAAGGUUAUAUUUGGGUGUAAAAUGUCAGUAUCUUAAAAUGCAUGUUCAUCUUUUGCUGAGGGAG